AACACUCACACUCACACACUCAGGCUGUCCAGCAGUCUAGGAAACGUAUCUAUCAUGACCAGGUAUCAUGACCCUGCCGGAGGACAACCUCCACGCUGAAUCCCCCCACAACAACAGACGCCUUUUUCUCAACUGAACUUCAAGGCAACCUCUUUAAAAAACAGCAUGAGGAAUCUCUAAGGAAGUUUUGCUUCUUUUUUUCAACCUCACUAUAUUUGAAUUGUCCUCAACCUCAGGGAUUGUCACAGGAAAUAUGAGUGUGAAGAAGAAAAAGACUGGGCUGGUCAUCAGCUGGCAGAAGUCAUUCUCCCUCCUGGCUCCUUGGAGGAAAGUGAAAGGAGAGAGAGAUCCAGUGCUGGACAGUGAGGUUGUCCUGACCAAAAUGAAGCUCUUCAACAACUUCCACGAGAAGCUCCUGAUGGCCGACGACUCGGCGUCCACCAUCUCCACGGUGUCGGUUUCCGAGCAGGACAUCUCAGACCCCAUCAAAGCCUCUGAGGAGAAUUCCAAUCUUGACGACAAGUCCGGACAACCUCGGACGGAGUCUGGCUCAGACUACCUUUCUGCCAUUUUCUCAGACUCUCAGUUGACGAGGUUGUACAAGUUUGAGUCGGAGGACUCUGGAGUGGAGCUGCCCAGCGGAGCGAACUCUCCAUCCACCCCGACAGGCUCUGAGCAGAGCUUCAUGGUCCACAGUCGGGAGUCCUCCUGCAACUCCUGCAACCUAAACUCUGACUCUACCACUCUCCCUGAUAAACUAGUCACAUAUGCACAGAGCUCUGAGAUUACAGAAGCAGAGGACUCGGUGGAUAGUAGUCUGACGAGUAAAGCAGUGGAUACUCGGGACGAUGUGUCCAUACACUCUGAGGAGCUGAGUUCAGCUGUGAGAGUGGAACUGCACAUAGAUGAGGACAUGGAUAGGGUCCAGUGUGGGGCUUUAGGAAUCAGCCCUGAGGGAGAUGAAGAGAUGUGUGGACAGCUCAAGGAGGAGACCUGCUUAGGAGGAUCCUGCGAUGACGUGACGGGCAAUGACUUUGAGCCGGAGCCUAUAAGGAGGAGCGCCACCAGUGACAGCCUGGAGGAGUACAUGGAUGAAUGCUGCAGAUUUAGUGAGGCACAGCAGACGAGUUCCAACCCUCUGGGUUCAGGCCUGGGUUACCUGGAGCACAUCUGCCAACUCCUCGAGAAGAUCGGCCAGCUGCAGGAGACCAACCUUCGGCUGCAGAGGCAGAUCUGCGGCCUGCACAAGGACAGCAAGGUGACAAAGGCCAAAGAGGACUUUUUCCAGCAGCACUGCAGCUGUGCUGCAGCCAGCCUGGCUUUCCAGGACUCUCAGAAGAGACACUCCAAAAGUGAGUUUCUGUCACCCAGUGGAACCCUCUCUGACCUAUCCACCAUCCACGAGGUCACCAGGCAUCCGCUCAUAUCAACCAGGGGAGACAUGAGCGGUGAGGGUUUGACACCCGUCCCGCUGUGGAGGACAGGCUUGAACCGAAGGAGUUACACUGAGGGGGAGGUCCGCUUCCUCGGGGACAGCACGGAAGGGCUGUCCAUCUCCCAGCGCAGGCUGAGUGAAAACUACACAUGGGGAAGAGUCAAAGACCUGGUGAGGAAAACUAAGUUGAGGAACCAAAACAGGCUGGGACUGACUUCCGCCUCACUGAAGAUGUCCUGCCCACAACUCUACAUGCCUGAUGUGGAACCAGUAGAACCCGCUGGCAGAAACAGGAACUCCAUGAUUUCCUUGAGCCAACAGAGCAAAUUGGACUUCCCUUGGCUACAAUAAACUUUCAGAUCAGAUCCAGCUGUCUCACACGGGGAAGAGGAGGACACCACAAAGUGACUCAGAUGAGGAAAAGAAACCGUGAAGAAUGAAAAGGAGGAAAUGAAGAAGAAAGAAAGAAAGAAAAAACUGACGGAAUUAAAGGAAAGGACUCUUGUACGGGAGAUGCCGUUGCUGCACGUAGGAGAGAAUGAUAUGUGAAACUCAUUGUAACUCAACUGUAUAUCGCAGUGUACAUGAACAAUAUAGGUUAUGUUCUCAUGAAAUUAAGAAGAUGAGGAUACUAUAUGAUCUACGCUGACAUUUAACUGCAUUAUAAAUUCUCUGGUGAUACUAUUUACACUUCUACAGGUUUCCAUUAGGAUGCUGCAACAUCUGUAACAAUCCAGCUAAUGUGAAACUUACACAUAUUUCAUAACUUUUCAUUUCAUAUGAAGUUGUAAAUGUGUUAUAGACAAAUGACAGACUGCUUUGUAUAGUGUGUGUGUGUGUGUGUGUGUGUGUGUGUGUGUGUGUGCGUAUGCAUUAUAUUGCAUAACCAGUGCAAGCAGAGAUAAUGUGUAUGAAGAGUGCAGGAGAAAUACAUAUUUACAUUUACAUAAACUCUGAUGAUAGGAUGUUGCAGAAAAACAUGACUCUCUUGAUAUAACUAAAUAUAUAAGUGGUAUAUUUGAUGACAUGCGGAGCUUGCGUUUGACAUGUUAAGCUCUGUGAUUUAUCUUCUGUGCCGGUUUUAGCGGCACUGAAAUUCUGCCCAGACGAGAUGCAGGAGUCGUGAGUUACAGUAUGAGAAAGGAAAAGGCCGAGGGUGAGUAGUAAUAUGCUGAAUUCACAUAAAUGCGGUAAAGGCCUCGGUAUGCUUCAAAUUAAGUGCUUGUCGGAUCAUCUAACAGCGUUUGAAUUCCCCCUUUUCGAAAGCCGGAAUCGAGGUGUCUGGCAAUUUAGCUUUCCGAACUAUCCGGAAACCAAUAAACCAACAAUACUGCACACUUUGAUGCAGUGAUUGGCCAGGUGUGUGACCAGAUGUUUCCUUUACGCCGGGAUUCCACCUCUGCGACUUUGUUUUGUUCCAUCCCCGGCACGGUCUCAUACCAGUCGGUUUUGCCCGACUUGCAUAUUUCGUGGAUUUGUUAAUUUUUCCGGGAUAUUUGUACUUCUACCGGUAGGCUACGUAGUUAAAUGGUUUCUUUUUUUGUCUGUUUUAAUUGUGUUUUUAUUGUUGUUAUUUCCUACUUUGUAGCCUACAAACAAAGUGAAUGCCGUUAAAAGUUGAACAACGUGGAUCAAAGAUUUGUGCCUGUAUAGUGAUAUGAUAUCAUCAGGAGUCUGCAAAGGAUGUUUAUUUUGAAAAUUGACCGGGUGCCCUAGCCGUUCCACUUCCUGCCCAGCUCGAUCUGCUCUGUGCAACGCACCACGUCUCCGUCAAAAAUAGACCAUGCGUGUACGUUUAGCGUAGCAAAGCGGAUAGCUGCUUCUGGGACACUUCUGAAAUGCGCUACUGUGCGUCUGGUGGAAUCACAAGGAGUCGUGAUCAGACGUUCAGCAGGGACAACACACAAAACACAGAGUUGUUGGAGAGAGAUUGAUGAGGCCCCACCUUUUAGUCAAAAGUGUAUCUACCAUCCAGAAAAGGUAGAAACACUUUUGAUUCUACAUGUGCUGUCAUACAAACUAGUCUGUUUCAAGCAUACUGAGGCCUUAAAGAUCUACUAUCUGUCCCUGAUCGAUGUAUCCCAGUAAUGACAGAACAAGUAGUGAGCACUAAUGCUAUUCCUUACAACCAAACUUUGUCAGUACUUUGUUUCUCGACACCUUUCACGGUCACGCUUGUCGUUGUCAGAUGAAAAUCUGGAAUUCUUUUUUUUAAAUUAAGCUUUUUGGAAUCCAAGACAAACAGGACAGCCUUGUUUUAGCUAAAUUAAAAUACAUUAGUUCAGCGGUUUUCAAAGGUUUUAUGAGGCUUGUGGGUUGCAAAAUAGUUUCAUAGAGAAUUGAACUGUUCAAUGUAUUUGAGAGUACGAUGCUCCCAAAAGGUUUUCAACCAAAAUAAAAAACAAUGUAAAUCAUUUUUUCCCCACAUAAUGUUUACUCGUUUGAAAGACACAAAAAUAUGUAACAAACAUCAGCAACUCCCCUAAACUGUAGUAAUUUGGCUAUCAGGAAUAGUAUUGUAUUAAGGUGCGUUCAGAUUGAAUGCAAAGCAAAUCUUUUGCCUCAUGUUUUUUGUGCAAAUGUCACAACUGGACUACUUUUGCAGUCCGUGU